AUGCCUCCUCCGCCGCACCAGAAGCCCGAAAAUGUCUUGAAGCGCGCCCACGAGCUCAUCGGGGUCAACCAGGCCUCCGCGGCCCUGACCCUGCUUCACGAGCACAUCACCAGCAAGCGCUCGCGCAAUGUCCCGAUCGCCUCGCUGGAGCCCGUGAUGCUCCUCCUCGUCGAGCUGUCCGUCGAGCAAAAGAAGGGCAAGCUUGCCAAGGACGCGCUGUACCAGUACAAGAACAUUUCGCAGAACACCAACAUCGCAACCAUCGAGCUGGUCUUGAAGAAGUUUAUCGAGUUGGCCGUCGAAAAGGUCACCGCCGCCCAGGCCAAGGCCGACGAAGUCCAGUCCAACCUUGAGGCCACCGCCGCCACUUCCAACAUCGACGAUCUUGAGGCCACCGAGACCCCCGAGUCCAUCCUUCUCGCCACCGUCUCCGGCGAGCAGUCCCGCGAUCGCACAGACCGUGCCAUUGUCACUCCCUGGCUCAAGUUCCUCUGGGAAGCGUACCGCACAGUCCUCGACAUCCUCCGCAACAAUGCCCGCCUCGAGAUUCUGUACCAGAGCACGGCUAUGCAGGCCUUCGACUUCUGCUUGAAGUACACCCGCAAGACCGAGUUCCGAAGACUCUGCGAGCUCCUCCGCAACCAUGUCCAGACGGCGGCCAAGUAUUCUUCGCAGAUGCACGCCAUCAACCUGAGCGACCCCGACACUCUGCAGCGCCAUCUCGAGACGCGCUUCCAGCAGCUCAACGUUGCGGUUGAGCUGGAGCUGUGGCAGGAGGCCUUCCGCAGCGUCGAGGAUAUCCACACUCUGCUCAACCUCAGCAAGCGCCCGCCCAAGAACAUUAUGAUGGCCAACUACUACGAGAAGCUCACGCGCAUCUUCCUUGUCGGCGAGAACUACCUAUUCCACGCCGCCGCCUGGUCGCGCUACUACACCCUGCUCAGGCAGUCGUCCGCCCUCGUGGCCAGCGGCCAGGGCAAGAAGUCGGACAACCCGCCCGCCUCUGACGCCGAUCUUCAGAAGGCCGCUUCGUUCGUCCUCUUGUCCGCUCUCGCCAUCCCCGUCAUCAGCACCACCCGAUCUCGUGGCGCCAUGGUGGACUUUGACGAGGCCCGCAAGAACAAGAACUCUCGCCUGACGCAUCUUCUGGGCAUGAACCAGGCCCCCACCCGUGCUCGCCUCUUCCGCGAUGCGCUGUCCAAGUCGCUUCUGCAGCGCGCCCGCCCUGAGAUCCGGGACCUCUACAACAUUCUCGAGGUCGACUUCCACCCUCUGUCUAUCUGCAAGAAGAUCUCGCCCAUCUUGACCAAGAUCGGCGCUGAUGCUGAGAUGGAGCGCUACAUCCUUCCCCUGCAGCAGGUCAUUCUCACGAGACUCUUCCAGCAGCUGUCUCAGGUUUACGAGACAGUCGACCUGUCUUUUGUUGAGUCCCUCGCUCAGUUCCCCGAGCCCUACCAGGUCACUCGCGGCACCAUUGAGAAGUUCAUCAUGAACGGCAACAAGAAGGGCGACCUCGCUAUCCGUAUGGACCAUGCCACCGGAGUUCUGAGCUUCGACAACGACGUCUUCUCGUCGUCCAAGGCUGGCCACGCCGGCUCCGGUGCCGGCUCUUCCGAGUCGGAGACGGGCACUGUCCAGCGUCUGCAAAGCACUCCUUCGGAGAUUGUCCGCUCGCAGCUCACGCGCCUUGUCCGGUCCCUGUACACCACCUGCCACUACAUUGACCCCGAGUUCAACAAGGAGCGCGUUGCGGCUCGCAAUGCGGCCCUUGCUCGUGCCAAGGCGGGCGCCGAGCAGGAGCACCUCGAGACUGUUGCUCGCAAGGAGAUCAUCCAGAAGCGCAAGGAGGAGGCUUCCGAGAUUCAGGCCAAGCGAGAGAAGGAGAACGCUCGCCAGAAGCGUCUCCGCGAGCAGGCUCUCCAGGAGGCUGAGGACAGGCGUCUGGAGGCCGAGCAGAAGGAGCGUGAGGCCAAGCGCAUGAAGGCCGAGCACGAUCGUGUGCGCAAGGAGGAGCUCAAGAAACAGAUUGCUGACCUCAAGAUGAGCGACAAGGCUCUUGACAUCGACCUGGAGGACCUGGACAACCUGGACAGCAACCGACUCCGCGCCAUGAAGCUCGCCCAGCUGGAGCGUGAGAAGAACGAUGUCAACGAGAAGCUGCGCAUCACUGGCAAGCGCAUGGACCACCUGGAACGAGCCUACCGUAAGGAAGAGGUGAAGAAACUGGGUGACGACUACGCCACGCAGGUUGAGCAGGAUCGCGCAAUCUACGAAAAGGUCACGGCCAAGACGCUUAAGGAGGCAGAGGAGAAGCACAAGGAGAGCGUCGAGCUCAAGCACCGCCUCAGCCGCCUGGUUCCCCUCUAUGAAAAGUUCAGGAGCAAUCUCCACGAGCGCCGCCGCGACGAGUUCGAGAAGCGCCGCAAGGAUGCGGAGCGCGAGCUGGAAAAGCAGAUUGCCGCUCGCAAGAAGGAGUACCGCGACCGCAAGCUGCGGGAGAAGCGGGAACGCGAGGAGAAGGAGCGCCAGCUCCGCGAGGCUGAGGAGCGCGCCGCCCGCGAGAAGGAGGAGCAGCGCCAGCGCGACGAGGCCCGAAAGGCCGAGUUGGCCAAGCUCAAGGAGCAGCGCGAGAAGGAGCGACAGGAGAUGCUGGAGAAGGCAGCCCUGCAACAGCGUCGCGAGGAGGAGGCUCUGGCUCGCCGCAAGGCCGAGAGAGAGAAGGGUGGCCUGCCCACCCGAACAGAGACGCCCGAAGGCGCCCGCAGGCCGCCUGUCAUCGGCUCUGGCAAGUGGCGCGAACGGGAUGCGUCGCGACCCACCGAGGGCGCUGCCGCCGCGCCGCCUUCGCGGACCGAACCUCCCAUGGAGCGGACAGAGUCGAACGAUCGCCCGUCGGCGGGUGGGCCUCCUCGCCUGCAGCUCGCCGGCGGCAACAAGCCGAGCUGGCGAGAGCGGGAGGCUGCCAGGAUUGCGGCCGGAGGUGCCCCCGCCGGAGACAAGGACAGCGCCGCGCCUCCGCCGCCCAGAAGCUUCGGAUCGCGCGGUGCCCCCAUGGAGCGUGGCGAUUCGGGCCGUGGAGAGAAUGGCCGGACGGAGUCGCCCGCUCCCCCCGCCGAGGCCCUGCCGGCCUCGCGGGCUCCCGGGAAGUGGGUGCCUCCUCACAUGAGGAAAUGA